AUGCCAAGCGUGAGGUCGAGAAAUGCAGAGCUUAAGGCCAAGUUCGUAAAAAUUAUUGAGGAUAUCAAGAAGCAGGCAAGAAAUGAUAUUUCUUUUGAAACAAUUGAUACUCCCGAGAAAAAUGCGACCAAUGAGUAUUCAAGUGAUGGAGAAAUUCCAUUUUUAAUAACAUUAUUACCAACUAUUCAAGCUGCAAAGGUUAUUCCAUUUUGUAAAUGUACUUGUGGUGAAAAUUCUACAAUUUUUGCUCUGGAAGUAGGUACUCUUUGUUCAGAAUGUAAUAAAGCUUUUUGUAUACAAGAAAUGGGCGACGAAUGUUCUGGCGUUAAUAAUGAUGACUCUGGUAAUGUUUGUGACAUUCAAGCAAUUGCAACAUGUUUUGAGAACUAA